UGUAGUAAAGUUAUGACUUGAAAAUGGCUGACCAGGGCCCCCUUUUAACAUCCUGCAUUAUCUUUUAUUUAUCCAUCGGGGCCGCAAUAUUUCAAAUCCUCGAGGAGCCCAACUGGGAGUUGGCCAGGAGCAAAUAUGUUCUCCAAAAAGAACAGGUUUUGAAGAAGUACCCCUGCCUUAGUAGAGAAGAUCUGGAGGAAAUUCUCGAGGUAGCGUCAGAGGCUGCAGGCCAAGGUGUGAUCAUCACUGGGGACAAUCAUCGAAACAUGUGGGACUGGGGAAACUCUGUCAUCUUUGCAGCGACUAUUGUCACAACGAUAGGCUACGGCAAUGUCGCCCCCAAGACUAAAGGCGGUCGAGUGUUCUGCAUCCUGUACGGUUUGUGCGGCAUCCCACUCUGUCUGGUAUGGAUAAGUAAGCUGGGUUCGUUCUUUGGAGAUCGGGCAAAACGUCUGUCCGAGAUCCUCAUCCGCAAAAAGGUGCCAGUGAAACGCGUACAGCUUAUCUGCACGGUUAUAUUCCUGUUAUGGGGACUCUUCGUGCACCUGGUGAUCCCGCCGUUUGUUUUCAUGUCGCUGGAAGGGUGGAGCUACUUGGAAGGCCUCUACUUUUCUUUCAUCACGCUCACGACUGUCGGCUUCGGAGAUUACGUGGCAGGUGCGAAUCCAGAUAUCGAAUACCCGAGGCUGUACCGAGUGUUUGCGGAGAUAUGGAUCUACAUGGGCCUGGCCUGGCUGUCUCUGUUCUUCAGCUGGAAUGUAAACAUGGUCGUGGAGGCUCACAAGGUGUUGAAGAAAAGACGGCACAAACGCCGACCCUUCCAGGACGACGAACCUCAGCCCGGAGAGGACACGCCCAAGUCGGACACGGCCAGGCCGACCGUUAUCGACAUUUUUGGCUUCUUAUCGGACAAGGAGGAAGACUACAGCACUGUUAUCAAGGAGAUCGGAAUGGCGGCAAAACCGAGUUCCGUUGACGUCUUCAAUCGCUCCAAGAGUUGCAGCGACAUCAUGACCACCAACAUCGAGGUGCUGGAUCACUCGCCGCGGCACAGAUGCCUGUUGAGCAUCAGCGAAGUAUUUAUCAACCCAAAGAACGACGACUGCCAAGAAAACUCAACAGGAGAACCAGCAGAGUGCGCAGGAACUGAAGAAACGCUCAAGGAAGCCGACGGGACAAAUGAUUCGCCGAAUAACGGCAUUACGUUGACUGUGCCAGCCGUAGGAGGAACGCAAGAAGGAAAUGAACAACCAAGUAAUGCUGUGACCCGGUUUACAAUUUCUAAAGUAGAAGAGAAAGAUGUAUUAAUCAAUAAGGACGAAGAUGGGUAACGUUGA